UACACAGCCAGUCUCUGUACUUAGCGGCCAUAGGAAUGAAUCAUGGACUGGUUCCAUUUAAUCAGAGCUCUGCUUCUACUGAACCUGGGGAUCUACGGAUUUGCCAAAGAAGAAGCAAAGCUAUCCAAGGUCUGUGGGAAACCUGUGGUGGACAGGAGCCGCAUUGUGGGAGGGCAGGAUUCGAAAAAGGGUCAGCAUCCCUGGCAAGCAAUCGUGUGGCAUCCUAGUAAAGUUCGUUGUGGUGGAACCCUAAUUAGUAGCAGAUAUGUUCUGACUGCAGCCCAGUGUUUGGAAAGUGAAAAUGACACCUCCGUUAUCGUCAUCCUCGGGGCCUACAACAUAACUGGGAACCACAAGGAGGAAGUCUCUGUUAAAGUGAAUAGGAUCAUUCUACAUCACAGAUACAAUGACUCUGACUUCCCUUAUGACAUUGCCCUUCUAGAGCUUUCAAACAGCGUGCCCUUCACGGACUUCAUCCUUCCGGCCUGUCUGCCUCCAUUUCCCACUGAAUUUCUGCCCGGGCACAGUUGCCUAGUGACUGGCUGGGGAGACACUGAUUAUGAUAGUACCAAGCCAAAGCCAGUUAUUCUGCAAGAAGCCGGAGUGCGGUUGAUUGAUUUACAGCAUUGCAGAGACUUGUACAAACUAGUGACCAAUGACAGUAUCAUUACAGAAAAUAUGACGUGUGCAAUGGACAUCCAUGGAAAAAGAAGUUUCUGCCGUGGUGAUGGUGGGGGACCCCUGGUUUGUCAUGCGGGGGAGCAGUGGUUCUUGGUUGGAGUGGUGAGCUUUGGAUAUGGCUGUGGACAUGGCAUUCCUGGAGUUUACACCUCUGUGCCUGCCUAUGUGGACUGGAUUAAGGAACACAUUUCCUCUGGUGGCUCAGGAUGGAUUGGAUCAAGACCUGGGGUGGCACUCAACGUCCGGAGCUUGUCUGCCUUUAUCUUCUCUCUCUGUUCCCUGUUCUGGGUGAGCCUGCAGAACCCCAUGUUUAUUCUGAUGCUGAGCGCAGCUACUUGGGUGGGGUGCUGAGCCGUGACUGGAAUGGAUCAUUAGAGGAAUGUUCCACUAGAACCUCAAAGAGAUUGAGACUCAUUUACAUUGUCUGGAAUUUGUUCAUUUUUUAUGUCAAAAAGCUGCUUACUGAAUUACUAUAAUAUUCAUAUAAAGACCUUUUUACAUUGUUUUUUUUAUAAUCUUUUCCUUAUUAAUAUGAUUCCUGAGAUAUGUUAUCCAUUAUAUAAAUGUAAUUUUUUCACACUAAA